AUAUAUAUGGCAGCUCUUUUAUCAAGGAGGCAGGAAGGGCAAAAAGCUAGCUGAGUUCCAUCCACUGCUAGAUUCUUUAUGAAAUUAAAGGAGGGAAGCUUCAUCAGAGUGGCUCCGAUUUAAAUGAAGAUUCUCCCCUCACCUACAGCUCGAUGAAUUAGGGGCACAGUUGAUAAUAGACUAUUUACGGGAAUAAAAUAUAAGGAAAGAGAUUUAACAGUACAGCUCUUUGGGUUAAAUAGUACAGCUGUGGGGAAAAAGCUGCUUUGCUUUUCCUCAUAGGUCAUCCGAAUCAAUGACCAGUAGGAAUUUGUUGGAUUUUGUUGUCACGUGUCAUAACAAGAUUUUUUAGUGACAACAUAUUAGUCGGGUGGAAAGAAAACUCAAUCAUAGAUGCGACUGUUUUCAUUUUGUUUUGUUGUUUGCUUUUUCUAUGGCAUUUGGAACUGUUUCUUAUUUUUAUGUCUUGAGGAAAACAAUGUGUUUAGCUGUUAUUUACCAAAAACACAUGUGAGGUUUAGCGUGUACCCACACGUUAGAGUUUUGUUUUGCUAUUAUGAUUCACUGUCUGGCUAAUGCACGCCAUAAUUAUCCAUAUUUGUACACAUAUCAUGGCCUUUUGUAAUCAAAGACGACACUACUGAUGGCAGGAGCUCUCAACUGGGGUGUGGUCAAGGGAAUUUUUUCACAACCCUUGCCAGUUAGAUAAACAGUCUGGCCUUUGAAGUCUGGAGUGGCCACUCGAAAUACGUUGAUUCCCAAAUCUUGCCUUUUUUUUUUUUUUUUUUUUUGUCUCCUGGCAACAUAACCUACUUCUACUUUGGCCACCACCUCCCCAUCCAAAAAAGUCUUGCUGGUGUUUUAAAGUUGAAAACAACAAAUGGGAAAGUUGCCUCCGCUUGAGGAUCCAGUACUACGGAAGCUGUCCUUCCGGCCUUCUGUUUCUGCAGACAGAUAAUAACAAUUCUGCGCACGAAUGUAGCAGUAAAGAGAACCCUUCUCUUGGCAGAUUGGUGAGCAUGCUUCUUGAGUUAUGGAAAUAGCACUCCAGGAGUUCUCUGGGCCCGAUGUCAAUUUCAUUAAGCCUUUUUAACAGUUUAGCAAAGACAACUCGGGGGCAGCUCGGGGUAUGGAGGAAGGAAACUGGAAACAAGCUAAGGCAAAAGAUUGGUGCUGUGAAUGCCUGCGGGAACAGCAGAAACCUCCAGUCUUUUCCUCUGAAAUCCGACACUGAGCUAGCCAGUGGUCUCUGUGGGCUUCUCCUGUAGAAAAUCACAGAAUAACCAGGCACUUGGCCGGGUUCCCAAUUCACAGUGGUCAGCUUCUCUGGUCCUUGUCCUUUGCCUCUCCAAUCCUCUCUCCCACUUUGAGGCAACCUGAAAGAGAUCUAGGUAUGGUUUGAAUUUUAGUCAGUCAUCUUAGGUUAUACUUUAAAGUAUAUACAAAGGGCACCUUCGGCUUUCUCAGCCUCAGCACUAUUGACCUGUUGGGCUGGAAAAUUCUUUGUUGCGGGGGACUGGCCUGUGCAAUAUAGGAUGUGUAGCAGCGUCCUUGGCUUCUACCUGCUGGAUGCCAGUAAACCACCCACCCGUCCCAGUGUGGCAAUAAAAAAUGUCCCCAGACAUUGCUAAAUGUCCCCUCGGGGCCAAAUCAUUCCCAGCUGAGAACCACCCAGUUAUAGGAAAGAAAACUCACAUUUAUCUCGCAUCUCUGAUCUGCCAGAUGGGUACUAGAUGUUUUGUGUAGUCCUGACAGUUCUCUUGUGAAGUUUUCUCCCCUUUUCAUAGAUUAGGAACCUGAGGGAUGGCAAGGACAAGUGUUGCUAUCUGUUUUGUUUUGUUCUGGGAUUUUUAUUUUCUAAUACUUAACAAGCAAAAUGUGUUAUCCAGGGAAAUUAUUUUAUACCCAGAAAAGACAGAAAAUAUUAUUUUUAAUAUUUCAUUCUACACUCUGUCUUUUAGACAUUCCCUAAAUUAUAAACACUUAACUUGAAAACUUGCCAAAUGUAUGAAGAGCCAAAAAAUCACCACCUGGGUGCCCUUGCUCUUUCUUUCAACCCCCAGUUGUUUUUUGCUUACCUGAAACCAACAUCAGUGAUUGGCAUUUUUCCAUUGUAAGUAUCUUUUGGUGGCAUUAUAUAUUAAUAUGGGCUAGACUUGGGAGGCUAACAAUCAAACAUGUCAUUGUCCGAAGCAUUUUAAAUUGAAAACUCAUGUCCAAGUUUACUUUUUCAAACUAUUCAGAACACUUACCUGAAAUAAAGGUACGAUGAAUUUGUGUCACAGGUUUUUAAAUUCAUCACGGAAACUGACAGGAUGGUAAAACCAGUGUAAAAGAUUAUGGAAGCGACCUAAGUAUUUACAGUCGCUGAAAGGAAGAUAGGGGGCUAAGAUUGUUAAAUUAGAUACAGAACUGGUUACCUCUCUACAGGGCAAUAAAACAAUCAUUUUGAGGGUUAUCUUUUCUACAAAAUGGAAAUCAUUAGCAUUUUUACUAGACAAAUUUGUUUCUGCUGGUCAAAUUCAUUGGCGUUUUUAAUAGCUUUCUAAAAGUUAAUAGCUACCCUCACAAAUAUAUAAAAUAUUCUAAUCCAAAGUAAAUAGUGCGUUAAACAAAGGUUUCUAAUUUCCCUAGAAAAUUAGAUAAUCCUUGAUUGCCUGUUACACACCUAAAACUUUUGGGGGGUCAAAAAAUAAUAUAAGCCCAUUGUAAAAAGUUUGAAAAAUACUAAAUUUUUUAGGAGAGGAAAAGAAUCUACCCUCAAACCACUACCCAGAUGCAACCACUAUAAAUAGACUUCAUGUUCCUUACAAGUUUUUCUCUAAAUAUUUGUAACAGUGGAGUCAUUAUUAUGAAAAAAAAAUUGGUAGGCUACUUUUUUUCUUUUACUUAUUCUCAUAUAUCAUAUUUUUUGUUAUAUAAUGAAAGUGUCCUAUAAAUAUUUUAAUGUCUGUAUAAUGGUUUGACAUUUUUGUACCAUCCUUUUUGCUAUUUUUUCUAAUUAUAAAAUUAUUUCUUUAUUAUGAAUAAAUAACGCACUUAGGAAUUUUUCAGACUUACAAAAAAUACAUAGAAAAUAACAGAAUGGCCAAUAGUGGAGGUACAACCUCAUUAAAAAAAAUCAAAUCAAAUCAAAUUAAAUUAAAAAAGGGGCACCUGAGUGGCUCAGUCGGUUGAGCGUCCAACUUCAGCUCAGGUCAUGAUCUCACACUCCGUGAGUUCGAGCCCCACAUCAGGCUCUGUGCUGACAGCUCAGAGCCUGGAGCUUGCUUCAGAUUCUGUGUCUCCCUCUGUCUCUGCCCCUCCCCCACUCAUGCUCUAUCUCUAAAAAAUAAACAAACAUUUUUUUAAAAAUUAAAAAAAAAAAGUAGAAUAUAGAGGCACCUGGGUGGCUCAGUUGGUUGAGCGUCUGACUUCUGCUCAGGUGAUGAUCUCAUAGUUUGUGAGUUCGAGCCCCACAUCAGGCUCCAUGCUGAUUUUAAAAUGCAAAACGUAUUCUUAACUUGCAGGUUAUGCGAAAUGGGUAGCUGGCUGGAUUUGGCCCUCAGGCCGUAGUUUGCCCAUGUAUGCCCUGCUUGAUCCCCCGCCAAGACCUGGUGUGUUUCAGAUAUCUUAAAUGUUUCUACUCCAGUGGGUGUGAAAUGGUGAAUUGUGAUUUUCAUUUGUAUUCUUGACUCGUAGUGAAGUCAAGCAUUUUUUCAUGUGUGUUGGCCACUAGGAUUUUCUCUUCUGUGGUUUAUUUAUUGAUUUUUCUUUUCCUUUUUCUUUUAUAUUGUGGGUCUUCCGUUUAUGGGCUUUGAGGAGUUCUUUCUCUCCUCUGGAUGGUAAUCCUUUGUUACAUGCUUUGCCGACAUGGUCUUAGGGUGUUGUGGUUAUUGUUCCAUUCUUUAAACUUGUCUUUUGAUGAAAGGCGUUUUCAAUUUAAAUAAAAUUAAAUUUAUCCCAGUGAGAUUUGGCUGUGUGGAAAAAAAAAAUGUAAUUCUCUUGUACAUGGGGAAUGUGAAAGGUGACCACAAAAGAAAGAUCUCACUUUUCUUGUAUGCGAAAGAGGAAAUAUUUCUUCACUGGAUGUGAGUAAAAGAAUGUUCUCACUUUUGGUCCAAACAGUUUUCAGUCUAGUAGUUUUCUUGAAUGCCAACAGCCCGUCCAGUUGUGCAAUCUGUUGUUCUAUAGUAAAGAAAGUAUCCUAGUGCCGCCCGUGGGCAUGCAUUUGACAUUGAUGAAAUGCUACUUGGCUUUCACAAGUUUGCAGGCUUUGCUCUUGCAAGCCAGCUGACGUAACUGGAAGUAGAAAAGGACCCUCCCCCUGGCGUUGGUUAAUUGACUUUGAUGAGCUUGUCUGCGGUGCCUAAGUGGUUCCAGAACAGAGAGAACUGUUCUAAUCUGAAGAACUUGAGAAAGUCACACUGGCUGGCCAAGGCCGCACACCUCCAGCCAGCAGGGAAAAGGAGAGCAGUGGAUAUGCUGGUCAGCAAAGCAAGACUUGGCUGCCUUGAGCUUUUUUCCUGAGUUCUUGCCCCGGUGAAGCACAUUCUUGCUCUCUGGAGAGCCGGGCCCACUCAGAACUGGGCUGGCAUGCUUGACCGACGCCUCAUGUCGCCUCAGACCAAGCACAUCAUUCCUGGGGGUUCGGCAGACUCCUACACCAGCCGUCCGUCCGACUCAGAUGUUUCUUUGGAGGAAGAUCGGGAGGCGGUACGCAGGGAAGCAGAGCGACAGGCCCAGGCCCAGCUGGAAAAAGCAAAGACAAAGCCCGUUGCAUUUGCUGUUCGGACAAAUGUCAGCUAUAGUGCAGCCCACGAAGAUGAUGUUCCAGUGCCAGGCAUGGCCAUCUCCUUCGAAGCAAAAGAUUUUCUGCAUGUUAAGGAAAAAUUUAACAAUGACUGGUGGAUAGGGCGAUUGGUUAAAGAAGGCUGUGAAAUCGGAUUCAUUCCAAGCCCAGUCAAACUAGAAAAUAUGAGACUACAGCAUGAACAGAGAGCCAAGCAAGGGAAAUUCUACUCCAGUAAAUCAGGAGGAAAUUCAUCAUCCAGUUUGGGUGACAUAGUACCUAGUUCCAGAAAAUCUACACCUCCAUCGUCCGCUAUAGACAUAGAUGCUACUGGCUUAGAUGCAGAAGAAAAUGAUAUUCCAGCAAACCACCGCUCCCCCAAACCCAGUGCAAACAGUGUAACGUCACCCCACUCCAAAGAGAAAAGAAUGCCCUUCUUUAAGAAGACAGAGCACACUCCUCCUUAUGACGUGGUACCUUCUAUGCGACCCGUGGUCUUGGUGGGCCCAUCUCUGAAGGGCUAUGAGGUCACAGAUAUGAUGCAAAAAGCAUUGUUUGAUUUUUUAAAACACAGAUUUGAAGGGCGGAUAUCCAUCACAAGGGUCACGGCUGACAUCUCGCUCGCCAAGCGCUCAGUGUUAAACAAUCCCAGCAAGCAUGCAAUAAUAGAAAGAUCUAACACAAGGUCAAGCUUAGCGGAAGUUCAGAGUGAAAUCGAAAGGAUUUUUGAACUUGCAAGAACAUUGCAACUGGUAGUCCUUGACGCAGAUACUAUUAAUCAUCCAGCUCAACUUAGUAAAACUUCCUUGGCCCCCAUUAUAGUAUACGUAAAGAUUUCUUCUCCUAAGGUUUUACAAAGGUUAAUAAAAUCUCGAGGGAAAUCUCAAGCCAAACACCUCAAUGUCCAGAUGGUAGCAGCAGACAAACUGGCUCAGUGUCCUCCGGAGCUGUUUGACGUGAUCCUGGACGAGAACCAGCUGGAGGAUGCUUGUGAGCACCUUGCCGACUAUCUGGAGGCCUACUGGAAGGCCACCCACCCCCCCAGCAGCCAUCUCCCCAACCCUCUCCUUAGCCGGACUUUAGCUACUUCGACUCUGCCUACUAGCCCCACUCAAGCCUCUAAUUCACAGGGUUCUCAAGGAGAUCCGAGGACUGCGCGCUCUGCUCCUGCCCGUUCCGCCUCCCAAGCUGAAGAAGAGCCCUGCCUGGAACCCGUCAAGAAACCCCACCACCGUUCUUCGUCCUCCGCCCAGCACCACAGCCAUCGUGGUGGCACGAGUCGAGGCCUCUCCAGGCAGGAGACGUUUGACUCGGAAACCCAGGAGAGUCGAGACUCUGCCUACGUGGAGCCGAAGGAAGACUACCCCCCCGAACACGGGGACCACUACGCCCCACACCGCGACCACAACCACAGAGAGGAGCCCCACGGGAGCAGCGAGCACAGACACAGGGAAGCCCGACACCGUGCCAGGGACCUGGAUCGAGAGCAGGACCACGGCGAGUGCAACAAACAGCGCGGCCGGCAUAAAUCCAAGGAUCGCUACUGUGACAAGGAUGGAGAAGGCAUAGCCCGGAAACGGAACGAGGCUGGGGAGUGGAGCAGGGAUGUUUACAUCCGCCAGUGACUUCUGCCCUCUUGUGUGUUUGUUCUUUUUUUUUUUUUUUUUAAAGUCUUGUAUGACACCAUCCUCAGACUAAAUCUCUGGGGUCUACAUUGCA